CAACCUGGAGAGAACACAACAUUAUAUCAGGACCUAUAGACACCUGGACCAACCUGUAGAGAACACAACAUUAUAUCAGGACCUAUAGACACCUGGACCAACCUGUAGAGAACACAACAUUAUAUCAGGACCUAUAGACACCUGGACCAACCUGUAGAGAACAACAACAAGAUGAGGAUCCUGCUGAUAGUCAUCCUCCUCUCCUUCAUGACAGGUUGUUUGAGCUCCUUCAAAGUGACAGGAUCCUCUGGAGGAACUGUCAUCAUCUCCUGUCAUUAUUCCACAGAAGACAGAAGUCGUGACAAAUAUUUCUGCUCGGGGCAGCAUAGUUAUAGUUUGAGUUGUAAGGAUCAAAUCAGAACUGGAUUGAAGAACACCUGGAAGCACAGUGGUAGAUUCUCUCUGUAUGACAACACUGGAGGAAACUACUUCAAGGUGAUCAUCAGACAACUGACCAGACCAGAUGAAGGGACCUACUGGUGUGGAGUGGACAUACCUACUGCACCUGACAGUUAUACCAAGGUAGAGCUGGAGGUGAAGAAGGAUGACUGCUGUGAGAAGUCAGUCACAGAGACGGCCUUUCUGGGAGGAGAAGCUACCAUCAGAUGCAACUAUCCAGAGGACCAUGAGGACGACAUCAAGUAUUUCUGCAAGGAAAGCAAUGACUUCAAGACUUGUGUUUAUAUGGUCCCUGCUCACCAGACAACUGCAGAAGCUGGGCGUUUCUCUGUUUCUGACAACAGCACAGAGAGAUUCUCCACAGUGACCAUCAGUGACCUGACUGAAGAUGAUACUGGGACCUACUGGUGUGGAGUAGAAACCAACAGGACAGAACAACGUUACAUUACACUGAUCACACAGGUGAAGCUGCUUGUUAUAAUGAAACCAACCAACACCACAACAACAACAGCACCACCAGACCCACCCACAACCACCUUCCUCUCACCAUCAUCAUCAUCAUCAUCAUCAUCAUCACUCAACAGAUCUGGUACCUCAGUGGUCAUCAUGGUGUCUGUUAGUCUGGUAGUGUUACUGCUGCUGAUCAGCCUGAUCCUAGUCUACAGAUGGAAAUACAACAAGGUCACAGGAUCUGUCUCUUCAACACACAGAGUGAGUCCAGACACAGUAAACAAUGACGGGGGUUGUCAUGGUGACGGUGACUAUGAGGAGAUAAUGGAGCGCCCCCUACAGUCAGACUCAGAUGCUGCGACCUCCACCAUCUACGCCACCGCCAACUUACCCACAAGCUACUCUGACUCUCCCCAUUACGCCAGCGUCAACUUCCACAAGAACCCCAGUAGCCCCAAUGAAGCAACUGCCACCAUCACUGAAGAGGGCAGCUGCCCCAAUGAGGACAUUGCUGCCAUUACUGAAGAGGGCACUUCAUCAUGUGACUAUGAUAAUGUGAACUGUCAAAGCCCCACCUACUCUACUGUCAAUCAUCCACACUGUUCCUCUGAGGCUCCUCCCAUCUCCUCCACAGGCAGCAUACCCAUAGACACUUGAGUCACUGGCAACCAAUCACAAGAUACAUACACUCACAGUCUACUUCAUGUUCUCUCAGUGACAGUGAGUUUGUAUGUCUUGCCCUGUUGAGCGGAAGUGCCACUUUAUGGAAAAUGUACAGAAAAUGUCCUGCGCAAAACUGACAGUGAUAUAGGGGUGGAGUCAACAAACUCCGCCUUCGCAGUUUAAACUGUUCAAUAUGAGCGCAGCCACCCAGUAGAUGAUGAUGAUGAUGACGAGCAUUAUAAUAAUUAUAAUUUUACAGUGAUGUUGUUUUGUCUUCAUUGUAUUUAUGAUUGUACAUUCUUAACUAAAUAAUAACAUCUGACUUCUCUAGACCGUUCCUCCUGACAGCAAAGAUAAUCUAUUAUGGGAUGCAGGUAGCCCAGCAGUUAAGAGUGUUGGGCCAGUAACUGGAAGGUAGCUGGUUUGAAUCCCUGAGCCGACUAAGGGGGAUGUGUUGUGUUAAGGGGAAUGUGUUGUGUUGAGGGGGAUGUGUUGUGUUAAGGGGAAUGUGUUGUGUUAAGGGGAAUGUGUUGUGUUAA